GCCUCCUUCUCCUAUAUCUCCUCUUCUUCUGCCUUGUUUCUUCUUGUCUUAAAAAUCCCUAGAGAGAAAACCGUCAUCAUCGGUUAAAAGCAAGAGUUAGCAAAAAAGCAGAAGCUAACCAAAUCAAGCAAAUAUGUCUUGGCAACAGUACGUGGACGAGCACUUGAUGUGCGAUGUUGAUGGCCAAGGCAGUCAUCUCACCGCCGCUGCUAUAAUCGGCCAAGACGGCAGUGUUUGGGCCCAGAGCUCUACCUUCCCUGCGUUUACCCCUGAAGAAAUAACUGCGAUCAUGAAUGAUUUUGCUGAACCUGGUUCUCUUGCACCAACUGGCUUAUUCAUUGGUGGUGUAAAAUACAUGGUGAUCCAGGGUGAACCAGGGGCUGUGAUAAGAGGAAAGAAGGGUGCUGGUGGUACUACUGUUAAGAAGACGAACCAAGCCUUGAUCAUUGGUAUAUAUGAUGAGCCUCUGACACCUGGUCAGUGCAACAUGAUUGUGGAAAGGCUGGGUGAUUACCUAAUUGAUCAGGCUCUUUAGUUGCAUAGGGUUGUACGUGGGCGGUUGAUAUCAUUUACGAUGGAGAGCCAGGUGUGAAGAUAAAGUGCUUGGUGCUUGAAGAGUGAAUAUUUAUAUUGCUUUCCCUAUAUUGUAUGAAAUCUUAUUGUUCUUUUUUUCCUCCAAACAUUUUGCGGGAAUGUGUUAUUUUAUAGUGGAAAUUUUAUUUCUAAGGGAUUGUUGACUUGGUCUGAUGAUUUUUCUUAUCCUUAUGCUUAUUGAUGUUAAAUUGCAAGUGUCAUCCAAAAGCUAUCUCCGUUGUAGUUGAAUUCAUAAUGCCAAUUACAAGCAACCAAUUUCUUUUUU